GAAAGAAUGGAAAACUGUGAAGAAGUGAGGGAGGAUAUAGGUCUUAUCACUGAGAUAAAAAAUAGUGAAAGAAAUUGAGUGAAUGGUUUUGAAAGGAAUAUUUAAUUUCCUCUUUUCAUUUGGACUGUCCCUUGCAAGGGCAGGAAAGGGACUUCAGAUGAUACUUUGUGAAUUAUGCCCUUGUACACCAUCUCAAAAAUUGCAUUCCCUCCCCUUCAGUAUAGUUUAUGUAGUUGAGGUGUUCUAAAGUUUACUGAAAUCUCUUGCAAGUAAACAUUUUUCAAUUUGCUUUUAUUUUCUCCAUCAUGAAGGUGUUGUGUUUGUGGGCAAGGAUUUUUUUUUUUUGGCGUACAAACACUUGAGACAUGGAUGUUAAAUACUGCUUUCACCGUUUAUUGCAAAGUUUGAUGCUCACAUGCAGAAUUACAUUUGAGAAACUGGAUUGUUCAGAUCUAAACAUGUUUAGUGUUACUAGAAGGCAGAGAAAUAAUCUUAAUGAUGUUAAACCAAAAUGGGAGCAAACUCUGUUUUGUACUCUCUGAGAGCUACAAUGGAAAGAGCAUUCACUCUUUUUGAGAACUUGAGACGAGAACAUCAGAUCCAGUUUUCUUGCCAGCCCUCCUGUUCACUGCUGCCCGGGCAGCCAGGCUUUGAAAAAAUACUUGAUUUUCCCACAAUGGUGAGUAGGUGCAGCCUCAGAGAGGACGAAAGCCCAGUUCUGCUAUUGAGGGUGAGAGUAGGAUUUUCUUGCUAUGCAGUCAUUCUGCUAAUUCUAGCAACACAAUAUCUCUUAAUCAGGAUGAAGACUCAAUGGCAGAUCAGCAGCAGUAGUUCACAGAGCUCUGCUCUGUUUUCUCCAGGACUUUUUAACCUCCUGUUGUGUAAAACAGUUGUGCCAUACAGAGUGUUUCUGUUUCUUCUGUCACAGAGCAAGCACCACCAUGUAGAUUCCCUUCUCUCCUUAGAGGGCUAUUUACAGCUUCUGUCAUCGCAAAUGGAGAACAUGUUAGAGGCAAGUUUACUGGAAGAUACACAAGUUGCUACUGAUAAUGGAGAAGAGCUGUCAUCCUCACACCACCAUAUAAGUUUGACACAGACCCUUCGCCACUCUUUCAGCCCUCAUGAUGCCAUGCUACCAAGAACAGAAUACCACACUCAAUCAAAUUCAGAAACAAGACAUUUGCAAAGACAAGAGUCUCUUCCUCAGCCAAGCUCUAGUAUUACAAAACCAGAAUCGCUAUUUCAUGGGUCAAAUUUGACAGGGCUGUUUUCAACUGGUGACAUUAGAAACCUAAUGGCCCAUGAUGAUAAUUUUGAUGAAAUUAAACUCAUGUCUUUGGCCUUGGAUGAAGGAUUUGAUCCUACAGAAGUUUCUCAGCUGUUUGAAGAACCUGGCUCAGAUUUGGAGCCAUCUUUGAAUUCAAGUCACAGCACUGCCUCUUACUCAGUCUGGAGUGAAGGUGCCGUUGGGUACAACAGGGACUUUAAACCUGUUUCUUUGCAUGAUUUAGGAGCUGUUGGUAGCCAUAGCCAAGAACCCAGUGAAUACAGCCAUGUGGCAUAUCCAAGUGAUUCAGAGUGUUCUAGAGAAGCCACAUUUCAGCAGUUUCUUCAUAACCACACUUCCUAUCAGCUGGCAAGUCAAGCAGCAUCCACUACAGAGCAUCAACACCAGAUGUGGAUGGAGAAACCAAAUGAAGUAAAGGGUAGGUGCUGUAAUUCUACUGAUAUAAACCUUAGCAGCAAUGAACACUGUGCAAAAGCUCUGAGAAUACCAUUUUCAGUAGAUGAAAUUGUGAGCAUGCCUGUUGACUCUUUCAACACCAUGCUAGCAAAGAAUUGUCUGACAGGUCCUGAGGUAUCACUCCUACGUGACAUCAGACGAAGAGGGAAAAACAAAGUUGCUGCCCAAAAUUGUCGUAAACGUAAGCUGAAUGUGAUUCUUAACUUGGAAGAAGAUGUAUGUAAUCUUCAAAGACAAAAGGAGAGCCUUAAAAAGGAAUACUCUCAGUGUAGCAGAUCAAUCAGCCGGAUGAAGCAAAAGUUAAACAACUUGCACCGUGACAUUUUCAGUAGAUUGAGGGAUGACCAAGGAAGACCUGUUAACCCAUACAAAUAUGUCAUUCAUUGCAAUAGUGAUGGUGGUGUAUUCAUAAUUCCCAAACGCUUGGCCAAAUCAGAACAGAAACAAGGUAACAAAAAAGAGCAGAAAAAAAAUUAAGUUCACUGGAGAUCACCCAGGUUUUAUUUUCCUGGAAGAACGAUAAGGCAAUUUGUGUGAAGACUAGUCAAUAAAUACAGAAAAGACUGUAUUUGAGGAGGAAGGCUGCAUGUUCAAGGAUCUGGCAAACCCAGAUGACUGUGAUCUGUUAGGAAUUCUAUCAGGUUAUGCUUAUGAAUAAGGCAAUCUGUUUAGCUUUAAUUGGAAUUAAAGGAGCUAGGCCAUCCGUAUAAGCACAGUUGUAUAGUCCUACGUAAAACUAGAAAUUUAGUUUCUGGCGCUGGGUAGAACAUCCAUGGGGGAAAAAAAAAAAAGUUUUAGAUCCAAGUUACACAUGGAACAACAUGUUUUAGUCUUGACUAUUUGAUUCUUCAUACACAAAAUGACAUUUCCUUUUUUAGCACUGAAAUGAGGCUACACUUCAAUAGUGGUUUUGAAUGAGAGAAGAGCUUUUGGUUUUGGUAUUUAUUUGAUACGAAAAAGAUGACAUUUUAUUCACUCACAUGCUUUAUUCACAACAGCUUAUCCUGUUCUAUUUCACAACCUGAAAAGGGUCUGAAAAAAAGAUGGCCCAAAAGGCAUAUAAUUAAUGGUAAGGAAAAAAUGUUGAGACAUACUAGUUCCUAAGAUAUUAAAAUAAUUACCAAUAUUAACAACCAGACAACAAAUACUCUUUGUAUCCUUUAUAAACAAACUCCAUAAAAUUGGUAUUUAAAAAAAAUACCUCAUUGGUCAUGGCAUGAUGACUUAAUGGCCAGGUUUGUUUAAAAAAGCACUUGCACCAAACAGGUAACUACAUACAGACUUGAGUUUUAAUGCCCCAUUGUACCUUUUGAAGAAACAAAUUACGCCAUUAGCAUGUAAAUCACAUUGUUUCGAGGUAUGUUUACAGUAACUGGUAGCAUCAAAUGGUAUUUUCUAGAAAGGGAACACUGCAAAAAUGCAUUGAAUUAUCAAUGAGAUUGGCUAGUUUGAACAAUUUUCUCUGCGUUUUAUAUUAAAAGAUUUCUUUCAAGAAA